CUGUCCCAGCGAAAGUUGCUCACCUUCUUUCAGUAUCAAGUUCCUCAAUGAAGCCGAAAUCCAGAAACCCAAAGGGCGAUUCCAAUGCCUUGUGGAACUGGAACGAGAGCAAACUGAACAAGAAGCGGAACAGCGAAAAGCGAUUCCCAGUCGCCGAGUUUCUCGAUCGCAGCCGCCAACGAGCACAGGAAUCGGUGUUGGGUCCCGGGGCCGGAGCCGGGAUCGGGUGCGGCGUCGGACUAGGAUUCGGUCUCGUCGGAGGGUUCGGAUUCGGUGGUCCCCAGUGGAACCACCUUAAGCUCGUGCUCGGCAUCGGACUCGGUUGCGGAGUCGGGUUGGGGAUUGGGUUCGGACAAGGAUUCGGGUAUGGCUAUUCGCUUGAAUCCCUAGAGUCUGAUUUGUCCGACCACGAUUCGGAUUCCAACAAAAGGGGUUUGAUUCAGAUAUGAUUUACUGGUUUCCAUAUUAUGAAAUUUAAUUGGGUGAUUUUGAUUUGUUGAGGUUUUUGUGAUUUUUCCGAUCAAUGAUUUUGACCUUUUGCUUCUUUUGAAACAUGAAAAUCAUUGCAGAACUUGCUUUUCUCUCCAUUUUUUAUUUGAGAGCUUAUACUUACAUUCUGCUUCCCCGUGGCCAUAACAGUGGUUCUGUUUGCUUAAUGUUAUUUUUGUUACAAAAUGAAAUAAUCUUCUGUGCCAAAAAAGAAAAUUAC